AUGCUCUCUCGAAACGCUCGUCCAGCUAUCCUGGCUGGCAGUGCAUUUCUUGCACGGAGUGCCGCCCCUGCCAAUGCCGCAAAUUUCGCGACACUCCGUGAAAUUGAAGGCCGGUUGAAGUCCAUCAAGAACAUCGAAAAAAUCACAAAAACCAUGAAGAUUGUUGCUUCCACCCGUCUUAACAAAGCCCAGAGAGCCAUGACUGAUUCGCGGGCAUACGGCCAAACAUCCAAUGCCGUAUUCGAGAACGCGGAAACCAAAUCGCUGGAGGGCAAGAAGACCCUAUUUGUCGUGGCCAGUUCGGAUAAGGGUCUGUGCGGAGGCAUCCACUCCGGCUUGAGCAAAGCUACAAGAAGGAUGGUUAUCGAACAGCCUGAUGCCGAUGUUGUUGUUCUCGGCGAGAAGGCCAAGGCCCAGCUCAGUAGGACCAACGAAAAAAACCUGAUUUUGAGCUUCGCCAAUGUCGGGAAGGAUCUCCCAACUUUCGCUGAAGCUCAGGCCAUUGCGGACCAGAUCACCCAGCUGCCAACCGACUAUGCCAGCGUUAAGAUAAUCUACAACAAAUUUGUCAAUGCUCAGUCCUACGAGCCCGUUGUUGUCGAAGCCUACUCGGAAGAGGCUAUUACCCAAUCCCCAAACCUCUCGGCUUUCGAGGUUGAAAAUGAAGUUCUCGCCAAUCUCAGGGAGUAUGCUCUUGCAAACAGCUUGUACUGGGCUCUUGCCGAAGGUCAUGCAUGCGAGAUCUCUGCUCGCCGCAAUGCUAUGGACAACGCAUCCAAGAACGCUUGGGAAAUGAUUCAAAAGUUCCAGAUUCUCUACAACCGACAGCGUCAAGCCGCUAUUACCGGUGAACUGGUUGAAAUUAUCACCGGUGCCACUGCCAGUGAGGAUAUGUAA